AUGGAAUUGAGGCUGAACAUCGCCUCAGCCACACCCGUCUUCGACAUUUUCAGCAAAACGACUGAAUUUCACUUCCCCCCGCCGGCCCCGACAAUUUCAUCGUCACGACACUCCGGCAAGCGAAAUCGACAAACAGCCGCCAAGAUGGCCGGAUUUGAUUUCAGAAAGAGAAGGAUUGCCGACCUCGCCGACCGUUGCGUUGCCGCCGAUUUGCGAUCGACAAAGACGAUUGGGAACGGGGGGGAUGAUGCACGAAUAUCGACACGAAAAUCAAACGACAGCCGACACCACGAUAGCGUUCGACGGAGAGGAUUGAACAUUCCCAAGACGCGUAUGACCUACUGCAAGGGCAAGGAGUGCCGCAAGCACACCCAGCACAAGGUCACCCAGUACAAGGCCGGCAAGGCCUCGCUGUUCGCGCAGGGAAAGAGACGUUACGACCGAAAGCAGUCCGGUUACGGUGGUCAGACCAAGCCUGUCUUCCACAAGAAGGCUAAGACCACCAAGAAGGUUGUCCUGCGGUUGGAGUGCAUCAAGUGCAAGACCAAGCUCCAGCUCGCCCUGAAGCGCUGCAAGCACUUCGAGUUGGGUGGUGACAAGAAGACCAAGGGCUGGAACAAUGGCGGCGAAGAGGGUUACCACAAUUCAUCCAGCUUCCCUCCCCUCCUCAUCCCUCACCUGCUUUCGCGCGCUUAG